AUGGAAGAUGUGAUUACUAGUAAGGUUCAAUCUGAAAAUUUAGAUUUAGCAGAUACAAUACAAUAUAAUUCUUAUUUAGCUUGGUUAGAUUUAUUAAAAGAUAUGCAAGAAGAUCAAACUAUAGAUUCUUUUACUAAUGGUAGAGAAUGGGAUUUAGCUAUAGAGUUAAAUUUACCAGAUCAUAAUUAUAAUAUAAAUUGGAAUACAUUACCAGCAAAUUAUAAACAAAUGACUCAUUUAUAUCGACAAACUUUACAAUAUAAGAAAAUGCUAGAACAAUUACCAAAUGAUCCACAAUUAUAUUAUACUCAAUACAUAGAAGAUGUUAGAUAUAAUCCAAACAUAAUACCAAUAAAUUAUAACAGAGAUAUGAUAGUUAGAACACUUAAUACUAUAAAACAAAUUUUUAAUUUAAUGUAUGAAGCAUUUUUAAAUGUUAAAGAAAUAUCAGAAGCUAAAAAAUUAUAUCUUACAUGGAAUCAAUAUAUAGAAAAAAAUUUUCAAGAUGAUGAGUUUCUUAAAUAUCAAACUAAUACCGCUCAUUAUUUAGCAAUUUUAUUUGCUGAUUGGAUUAAUGCUAAUAUACAACCAGGAACUGAUAUUGAUUUGUUAAAUAAUAUUCCAGAAUCUAUAGUUGGUAAUAGAUGUCAAAGAAAUGAUGAUAGUAGUAAUAAUGAAGAAAGACCAAAACAACAUCCAAGAAAAAAUGGUGAUUUAACUAAACUUUAUCCUGGAGGAAUUUAUAUUCAAAAAUUUAAUAGUCAAAGUUCUACUCCAAUAUAUGAACCAGUUCAUAAACCUAAACAAUUACAAUCACAAAAGAUACAGACAUUAUCAAGUUAUUUAAUGGCUUCAACUACAUUAAUAAUAUCAAAAAAAAGAAGACUUAAUGAAAAUAAUUUAACAACAAAUAGUUCAAAGAUUCGAAAAAUAAAUAAAUGUUCACUUGGUUCAUGUGGAGAUGAAAAAGAAUUUACAAUUUGUCAAACAUCAAGACUAUUUGAAUAUUUAAGUGAUAAAAUAGAAUUUGUCAAUAAAACAUUUUUACCUGUAGAUACAUGUUUUUAUGUAUUUUUAUUAUUACAGGAAGAAAAUAAAACAUUUACUUCACUUCGAUUAUUAGAUUUCAUGGCACAAUUUAAAUUAGUUUCAUUUACACCAAAAACUAAUAUACAAUUGAAUAUUCCUGGAACUGAAACUCAAUUAACACCAUUAUUCUCACCUUUUAAAAUUAAUCUUUAUUUAGUACAAAUUUGUGAAGAACAAUUAGCAAAAAAAAAAGAUCUUACAAUUGAAGAUGUAUUGGUUGAUCCUUCAGAUUUAAUUUAUCACAAAUUCAAAAAUACAGUUAUACCAAUAGUAGAUUAUAGUGUUGUAAUACCAUGUAAUAAUGAAUAUUAUAUAGAUCAUUUAUAUCAAUUAAAUAUAAGAAAUAAAGAUAUGCCAUAUAAUGAUAAACUUAAAUUAGGUGUAAAUCCUGGAGAUGGUGGAACUGGUUAUCCAGUAUUUUUCACUAAUGGAUUUAUCGAAAUAGCAUAUACUUUAGAUUAUCAAAAUUAUUCAUCAAUGCAAAUGAUGAUACAACAUCUUAAAACUGAAAUUACUGAUGCAGUAAAAGAAUUGAUUGAUGCUAAAGUUAAAGAUGAAGAACCAGAUGAGGAAGAUUUAUAA